UGCGUGUGAAAUCGACCGAAGCGGCAAGCUCCGUUGCGGUUUUUUUGGUGUUGUUCCCGGCAUGUUCGCGCACAAUAAUUUUGUGUCAUUCUUGUAAAACUCAAUAAAAAUCCUUUCAUGGUCGCUAAAUUCAUAUAAAGUUGGGAUUUAAACAACCAUGAGUACGAUGGAUAUAAACAAUUUGGAAGCCAAAUUGGAAGUUGAAAAUGAUGAGAAUAAGACUCCAGAUAAACAACAAAUAGAAGAGGAAGAGAAGGAGGUAAUGUUGAAGAGCGACGAAAAUGAAGGGAAUCCCGAGGUGAAAAGUGACAAUGACGGCCCCGUGAAGACGGCCCUUUCGGGGGAUAUUACUGAACAAGGCCGGGAAGUGAAACCUAAAUUCAUUCCCAUUGGCGCUAUUAAAAUGCCUGGGUUUUUCAUGAAAAACUCGGAUAAAGACAAAUGCAAGCAGGAUGAAGAUGAUAUUGAAAAAAUUGCUGACAAUGAAAAAACUGAAGAUGAAGCCCAAUUUGUCAAGUAUAGUCGUUUCGAACAGUUUUUACAUGCCUGUCCCUUCACACAGUUUUUAAAUAAACCUGAUCAUGAUUCUGGGACGAAGUCCGAAAUGUUUAGUAUCAGGUAUCCAAAGAUAUUCCGAAAAUCUUCUAAUAAACCAGAGGCUACACUUGCCUCAAUGGAAACUUUAGAGGAUAAACUGGACACACCAAAUGAUGGCAUGGAGAAUGUGAAGCUGGAAAUGGAUACGGAAGAAGGAAAAGUGGCUACUAAGCUUCCCCUGAAGGAAAGGAUACGGCAAAAGAAGUUCAUAGUAGACGACAUAGUGGUGUGCGGUCUAGCGCUGCUGGUGCUUCUGGCGGUGGUGGUGGGCGUUAUAGUGGGCGCGCGCGCCGGCCCGCCCGCCGAGCGCCCGCUGCGCCUCGGCCGCUACAUCACCACGCUCACCUCCUGCGGACCCGUCGAAGGAACUCUCGAUGAGGGCGUAUACAACUUCUACAACAUCCCGUACGCCGUGCCGCCCGUCGGAGAGAAGCGAUUCACCUACGCCCAGCCCCUCAACCUGUCCACGUGCUGGAACGGCACCUACAACGCGCAGCAGCCGGGCCCGCUGUGUCUGCAGUUCCUGGAGAACGGCACCAUCGCGGGCGAGGAAGACUGCCUCACGCUCGACGUGGUCACGCCGCACGUGCGCUACGAUUCGCCGCUGCCGGUCGUCGUCCUCAUCGGAGCCAACUCGCUGGCCGGCGGCGUGAGCCCCGCCCAGCCGUCCGCUCUCUACGCUCGCACCAAGGAAGUCGUCUUCGUCAGACCCAACUUCAGAUUAGGCCCGUUCGGAUUCCUGGCGCUCGACAUCAUUUCCAACUCCAAGUAUCCACCCACCUCCGGAAACUACGCGCUCAGCGACCUGCUAGCCGCGCUCCAGUGGGUCAAGUACAACAUCAAACAUUUUGGAGGAGACGCCUCCUCCGUCACCCUGCUGGGACACCGAGCGGGCGCCACCCUGACCGCCGCCCUGACCACGGUGCCCAAAGCCCAGCAGCUGUACUCGAGGGUGUGGCUGUCGUCCGCCUCCGUCAUAUUCCCCGGCGAACCCCUCGACCAAGCUCAGAAGAACAACGAACCGUUCAAACAGAGAAUCAAGUGUGACGACAUGGAAUGUCUGCAACGGGCGUCGACGACUGAAAUUUUAUCCGCCACUCCCGACAUCUGGCUCGGCGACAGCGUCGGCACCUUGCCGCUCGCUGGCGAAUUCCAGCACUCCUGGUUGGUAUUGGACGGACACUACUUGAGGGUGCACGCCUACGAAAGUUGGAACGCCCAGAAGGAGGCCAAGAACGCGGGCAAAGAGAAGCUAUUCAAACCGAUGGUGUUCGGAACGACGGAGCACUCGGGCCACUCGGAGCUCCUGCACAAGAAACAUUUGAAUUGGACCUCGGAAAUCGUGGAAAAAAUGGUGAACGAGAGCGCGAUCGGGGAGAAGAAUUUGACUUCGAAAAUAUUGAACCAUUUCAACAGGAGCUACGACGGCCUGGUCGGGCUGAUCUCCGCGGUGCGCACGCUGUGCCCGCUGGUGAGCCUGGCGCGCCUGCGGCUGGCGGCGCCCAUGUAUGUCGUCAUGGGGUCGGGCGCCGGCGCCGGCGCGUCUGGGUCGGGGAAGGCCGGAAUAAACGCCGACGUGGAGGCCAUCCUCGGCACGUUCGACUCGGAGGAGCCCGAGCAGCGCCGGUUCAUGGCGGCCAUGCAGCAGCUGUUCUACUACUUCGUGUGGCACGGCCUGCUGCCCGGCGCGGACUCCGGCCUGAUCGCCGUGGGCCAGGACCAGCUCCCGCUGCACGGCCUGCCGGCCUGCGACUCGCUCAUCCAGGAGGAUUUAGUGCCGAGGUAUGCGCAUAUCGAUUAGUCGCUUAAAGUUAAACGUAUCCACGAUCAUAAUCUUAGCUAGAAUAAAAACGUUUCGCCAGGCAUGCUACAUAACGUUAGAAUUUAGCUUACGCUCCGGUAUUUGUAAGGAUAAGUUAGCUACGUGUCGUUGUAGAUCACCUUCUCAGUUAUGAAAGUCGUUAGCUUUGACCCCGACCCGGUAUUAUUUAAGCGAGGCUGAAUAUCAACUUUUAGGUAGGGAUAAAAUCGGGAUGAAUUUUUUCCAGGCCCCACGUCCAUUCUUUUAUCAUGAAGUCGAAUUCAUUGUUGCAUCUGCAAAAACAAAAUCGAUGAUUAGAGCACUAAACUUGUAUCUUUGGGACCGAAUAGCACUGAAGCUUUUAAGAUUUAUUUUUAUAUGUAAAGCUAAUAAUAGGUAAGCUAGGCAGCCAGCUGUAGGCUAGGGUGAGAGUAAAUACAUAAACAUGACGGAUUCAACUCAUCUUUUUAAGUUAUCGAAUCAUUAAUAUAAUGUGGUACGUCCUAAGUUGCAGCUAUAAAAUAGGCACCUCGAGUACACGAAUUUGUAUUUUAAUAUUAUGAUCUCAAUCCAAAUCUCAUGACAUAAUACAUAUUUAAGUACAUUUAAUUACGUUAAUACAUUUAGUAACGUUUUUUCAUACAAAAAUUUACUGAUUUUGGAAGACUGAUUUUUUUGAUAAAUAAAAAUGUAAGAAUCUCUUGUUUUGUACCAAUGUUUAUUAUGACCUACUAGUUUUAAGAAUGUUUGUUAGGUAAAAAAUUUUAGAAACCUUUUCGCGCCGAUUUCUCGUACACUGAUGAAAGUGAAACAUUCUGAUCUGCGUACAAGAAAAUGGGAGUGUCUAGACUUAAAACCAUAAUUGCAUAAUACUGUAUGGUAGUUAUAAGAACUUUUAUAUCUUAUGUUACCUACCCUGUAAGUUAGUAUUCUGUGCUGCGCUAUCUGCUCAUCGCAAUCGAUCUAGUAUUUUAUUGUAAUGUACUUACUCUGUCAUUUGUAGUCUUCCAAGCCAAAGAAAUUCGUUGUAGUCAUUGCUAUGGUUAAAGCAAACGAGCCAAAACUUUUUAUCUAUUUAUGGAAUGUGGCGCGGGAGUCGGUCGGAAUCGGAACACAUUAUUGAUGCCAUAAUGGAAUUAUAAUCGCCAUAAUAAUUUAACCUGUGUCAGUAGAUAUGUUUUCUCGGUUUUUUUGUAGUAGUAGUAUUUCUUCCAAUAAGUCAUUAUGAAAUUCAAAUCGUGAUUUUUAAGUCUGAUUUAUUAUUGUUCCAAAGAAUGUGAUUAAGUUAUUAGUAGUAUAAGAUAUUUUUGUAAUUGAUGUUUGUAUCGAUUUUAUGUAAUCACGCAAUUCCAGUGUGAAAAAAACUGCUUGUUAUACGAAAACAAACUGAUUAAUAACCAAAUAAGACUCAGCUACUCCUAGGGCCGAUACAUUGUCGCAUUAACUCUUAAAGAGACCUCGAUUACAGUUUUGCUGAUCCGAACUGACUGGAAAUAAUACAAGCAGUUUUUUUAUAUUUUUCUUGCCAAACCACGCUUUUUGUAGUGAUACUAAUAAAACCUAAUCUUAAGUCGUGGCAGCAGCCCUAGAUUUAAUAGGUACUACCAGCGCAGAUAUAUUAUGGGAUAGUGAACCGCGACAUUAAGAGCGUUUCACCCUUUGCUCAUUGUACAGGCUACGAGAGCGAAAGGUCCUUAUUGUGGUCCCGAUUUUCUAUCCCAUUGGUACUUGGGCUGGUAGUACUCGCAGCUUUGCAUUGUUUUGUAAAUUAAUUAAACUGACAUUAUUAAAUAAAGUAUGUAAGACUGA